UGAAAAUGUAUGCCUACUCCAAGUUCAUCUCUACCCGCUCCUUGAUCAGGAGCACCUCUCAGCUGCUGAGUCAUCCCCUGUCUGCAAUGGAGUUGAAUCCACCACAGACAUGGACAGAUGAGGGCCUCGGCAGCUUGGCAGCCCCUCGCCCUCCGACCUCAGUCAUCCCUAGCCACAGCUUCCAAACCAGCGUCAUCUCCAGAGACAUCGACACAGCUGCCAAGUUCACUGGGGCUGGAGCUGCUACAGUUUUGGUGGCUGGCUCUGGGGCUGGGAUUGGGACUGUUUUGGGGAGCCUCAUCAUUGGUUACGCCAGGAACCCUUCUCUGAAGCAACAGCUCUUCUCCUAUGUGAUCCUGGGCUUGGCCCUCUCAGAGGCCAUGGGGCUCUUUUGCCGUUUUUCAUCCUCUUCGCCAUCCAGGUAUGGUGCCAGGAGCCCUGUGUGCUCCACAGGCAACCAUAGCUGCCGCUUCCACGCCUGCUCUUCCCAGUAUGGUGCCAGGAGCCCUGUGUGCUCCACAGGCAACCAUAGCUGCCGCUUCCACUGA